UAAAUAAUGACCUUUAUGUGACAUGUUCUUGUAUAUUUCUUUAUAUUAAAUUAUUGUAUAACAAUGUCUCUUUUGUAAUAGACUUAUGCAAUGUGUCAUCCGGGCUUUACUUAUGUAACUUGAUUUACCCCUUUCCGUAUUGUUUUCAACCAAUCAGCAAAGCGCUUUGCUAUCACGUGUCCAUUGUUUAUCUUUUUGCCAGAAGAGAAAGUCACGUCAUUUGUACUGCUCAAUUUUUCGUAUUAUUCGCUUUAAUUCCCCGGAAAACCCUGAUAGUUUUGGAUCUAGCCAUACUACUGAAGAUUUGGGGUUAUGUGAUGCACGUAUUUGUUUCACAGAUACUAUAGAUUUCCUGCAAAAAGAUCUACAAUGCCACCGAAACGGAAGCAAACUCCAGCCAAAAACCCAACAAAGAGGCAAAAAAUGGCCACCAAGCAACCUGAAGUGACACCACAGCCUACUACAGCCAUUGAGCACCCUGAAGUGAUCCCGGGGCCUGCCUAUGGACAAAUUGAUUAUAACAAACUAGCUGAAGCCAUGUUAGCCAUAUCUAAGCAACAACCUGAAAACGCCCCCUCGCAAAACACAUCAGAUGACAGACAGAUGCCUGUGACAAUGGAAUCUCCUUCCACAUCUCAAAGUGCUGAGCCAGCAACGACUUCCACAUUGGGAACUCUUUUGGAUCAAAUUUUCCUUGGGGACCGCUCUACACACAAGGACUUAAGCCCACUGAGAGGCCUUCAGGAUAGCACCUCACUUGAAUCCCAGUCAAACAGUGGUGCCCAAGGACCUCUUGUCGAUUUGAGCCCAAUCAGUAUGCAAUUGCUGACUUCAUCUCUUUCAUCAUCCACAGCCCUAGCAUAUCGCAAAAGUUGGCAGUAUUUACUGAAAUGGAAGCCAGGACUUUCACUACCAAUAUCGGUGACUGAUGUAUGUAACUUCAUUGGUGUAUUGUUCUCCAAUAACUACUCCCCCAGUUCUAUUUUAUCACAUAUGUCGGCUAUCAGUUUUGUUCAUAAAAUUUGUAAUAUGUCAGACCCCACUCAGGCAUUUGUGGUUAAGAAAAUUCUUAAAGGCUGUCAAACAUUGGGCCCAAGGAAAGACACUCGCUUACCAAUAACUGCACCUAUUCUACAAAGACUAGUGCAGGCCCUUGAUCACACAGUCAAACUCUUCUCGCUAAGAGUGCUGUUUCGUGCAGUGUUUUUGAUGGCUUUCCAUGCGUUUUUAAGGUUAGGGGAACUAACAGUGAAAUCUGCAAAGGGUAGCAAUAAAGUUUUGCAAAGGGAAGAUGUAACAUUUGAACACAAAUCAAACUCGAUUGUAGGAGUUCAAAUCAUCAUGAGAGAAUACAAAACAAACAAACACAACAAACCGUUAGUAAUUUACCUGCAAGCAAGUCCAAAUUCCCAAUAUUGUCCAGUUCAGGCAUUGUCUAACUAUGUUCAAACUUUCAACCACAAGACUGGACCUUUGUUUCAAACAAUGGAUGGUUCACCUGUGUCUUAUUCAUUAGUAACUACACAUUUGAAGACUGCAAUACAAUUUAUUGGAUUAGAUACAGAUAGCUUUAAGGGUCACAGUUUCAGGAUUGGUGCUGCUACUCAUGCAGCCUCCUUAGGCUAUUCUGAACAAGUUAUUCAAAAAUUAGGCAGGUGGAAUUCUGAUGCCUUUCGUCGAUACAUUAGAAUCCAGUCAUUUAAAAUAUAGGCAUUUGUAAAUAUACAUUGUAUUUCUCAUUGACAUACUCGACUCGAUGCUACCAUAAAAGCCUUCUCAGGGGUUUACAUUAAAUGUCAAAAUUACAAUAGGUAACUGAUCUAAACCGUCUAAAGAAAACGUAACAUACAGUCGGAACCAGGUCAGAAGUCAUCUGUUGGUUCCGUAUUGUAUCCAUAAAGAUUUAUAGUCCGAAAUGAUCUAAACCGUCUAAAGAAAACGUAACAUACAGUAGGAACCAAGUCAGUAGUCAUCUGUUGGUUCCGUAUUGUAUCCAUAAAGAUUUAAAGUCCCAAUUACAUUCUCUUUUGUUGGUCAGAAGUGGUCUGCAGCUAUAGGGCCCAAUUUGCAUGCAGCUUAGCCUAGGUUUCACAUUUUUGUUGACGGGGCAGAAGUCGUCUGCAAUCAACAAGUCCAAUACUAAG